AUGAAUAUUCAUACUGUAUUGGUCAACUGCAUCAUUGCAUUCUUAUCUGGUCGUUGUCAACGUGUGAAGGAGGAUGUACAUCUUGUUGGAUUGAUGUCAAGGCGGGUGUACCAAGGAACUAAGCUGGGUCCACUACUAUUCCCGAUUUUGAUUAACGAUUUCAAACCAACCAAUGACAUUACAAAAUUUGUUGAUGAUUCUUCAAUCGUUGAGGUUGUGUUGCAGAAUACAAUAUCUAAACUAGACCAAACUUUAUCUAAAACCAGCGAGUGGGUUGAUCGUAACUACAUCAUGGAAUUAAAUGGGAAAAAAAACAAAGGAAUUAAGGAUUACAUUUUCAGACCAUAA